UUGGCUGCAAACUUCAGCAGGGAGCUGGCCGACUAUAUUAUUUACAUCAUAGAUGUAUCUGGUGGUGAUAAAAUUCCACGGAAAGGUGGCCCUGGAAUUACUCAAGCUGACCUUCUGGUGAUAAAUAAGACUGAUCUUGCACAAGCAGUUGGAGCUGAUUUAGCAGUGAUGGAGCGUGAUGCUCUUCGAAUGCGAGAUGGAGGGCCAUUUGUCUUUGCUCAGGUGAAGCACGGGCAAGGAGUUGAGGAAAUCGUCCACCACAUUUUACAGGCUUGGGAACGAGCAACAGGGAUGAAGCGCCACUGAGCCACCUGAAGCUUUUUUUACCAUAUUUGGUUUCUCUCUCUACAUCUUAGAAUAAACGUGUAAAUGUUUUACACUACCUUCCACUGUUUAGUGCCACCAUAUUUGAGUUUGCAUUCGAUGCUUUAAUCCAGUGAUAGGAUGAACCUCGACCUGUAACCUUUGCAUUAUAUAUAUAUAUAAAACCAUUUCUAC